AUGGCACCUAGCAACCCCAAACAUCCAAUAGGGGCAAGAGUAUCAACAAGGGCAAUCUUGGUCACCAGCUUGGCCGAGUGCAAGCGUCGCUAUGGCUCCAAUGCCAAGUCAAAAGUUGUUUUUGGAGUUGUGGAGGAGGUUGUUUGCGGCCAAACAGCAACUGCUCGAGCCAAUUACACAACCAAAGCAAGAUGUACCCUUGGUGACACAGCAACAAAAGUCGCCUCUGUCAACAGUAGAAGCGUCAGUCUUGCUCCUGUUGAAGUUGUCCAACCUGCUGUGCCACAACAAGGUGUGGAAGUAGAAGCAGUGGUCGCGGCACAAAAUCCGAUGCCUACUCUACCACUGGCUCCAGAGCAGGCACAGCAGCCACCACAGUCACCGCAACCUCCACAACAACCAACAACACCUCCAAACCAACCAGAAGAACACAACAAUCAUACAAGAUCGGUCCCAGAUGAGCAACAGGCACAAGAGCCCAUGACAAUGGGGUCGUCAAUGAGGGCCUUCCCAACUAUGUUGCGAUGGACAGGAGAACAGAAAAUGGGUGUGAGAUCCAAGAUUCGGCGUGUGGUGAUAGUGGUGUGA